CUCUCUCUCUCUCUCCCCUCGAGUUGGUGAGAGAGAAGGUGAGCCAGGUCAACCUUCGGGAAGGUCUAAAAGGAUAGCUCCCAAGGGAAAAAGAAACGAGGGAAAGGGGGGAAAGAAAAAGGAGCCACCUUUGGGCUUCUCUCUCCUCUUCUUAUCUCUAUCCUUCUCUCUAUUCGUGAUUUCGGAUCAUUUCGCGUCUCCAAUCUUUUUCCCGUGUUGAGUCGGAGCCUUCCAGGGAGGUGGGUUUCACGUGGUGGUCGGCUCGCUUUCUGGCACGCUCAGGGAGUUGCUUUGGUGGAUUCAUUGGCCUCACUUUCUAUCGAAAAGAACGUCUUUUGGUUCGAUUCGCUGGUUUUCCUCACGAAUACAGCCGCGGGUUUUUUCUCGUCCUCUUGGUGGGGGCGAGGCUUAUUAGGGGCAUCCGAGGAGGGAUUGGGUCUCGAAAGUUGUUCUUGAUGGGGAAUUGCUGGGGCGCUCAGGUCAAGGCGGAGAGCCCCUCCAACAACGUCUCUGCUUCAGAUAUCAUGUUUGGAUGCCUAGGUGUGAACUCUAAAUGCAGUAGUAGAGAUGGAAAGGGAAGUGUUUCUAGCAGCCGGGUUUCUGCAGCAUCUGUUCCUCCAACCCCUCGGAGCGAGGGUGAGAUCUUGCAGUCGUCAAACGUGAAGAGCUUUACAUUCAAUGAACUGAGAAAUGCCACCAGGAAUUUCCGACCAGACAGUGUUUUGGGAGAGGGAGGAUUUGGUUCAGUCUUUAAGGGAUGGAUUGAUGAGCACACUUUUGCAGCGACCAAGCCUGGGACUGGAAUUGUUAUUGCCGUGAAGAAGCUUAACCAGGAAGGCUUUCAGGGUCACAGAGAAUGGUUGGCAGAAGUUAACUACCUGGGCCAGUUGGCUCAUCCUAAUCUUGUAAAGCUUAUUGGGUACUGUGUAGAGGAUGAGCAACGGCUUCUUGUCUAUGAAUUUAUGCCUCGGGGGAGCUUGGAAAAUCAUCUUUUCAGGAGGGGUUCACACUUUCAACCUCUCUCUUGGAACCUCCGGAUGAGGCUUGCCCUUGGAGCUGCAAAAGGGCUUGCUUUUCUCCACAGUGACAACGCGAAAGUUAUUUAUCGUGAUUUUAAAACAUCUAACGUCCUUCUUGAUUCAAACUACAAUGCAAAACUUUCUGAUUUUGGAUUGGCAAAAGAUGGUCCAACUGGGGAUAAAAGUCAUGUUUCUACCAGGAUCAUGGGAACAUAUGGAUAUGCCGCUCCUGAAUAUCUUGCGACAGGUCAUUUGACUGCCAAGAGCGAUGUGUAUAGCUUCGGGGUCGUUCUUCUGGAAAUGUUAUCUGGACGGAGGGCUGUGGACAAGAACCGCCCACCCGGGGAGCACAAUCUGGUGGAGUGGGCAAGGCCUUAUCUCGCAAGCAAGAGAAAGAUCUUCCGCAUCUUGGACACCCGACUGGGAGGGCAGUACUCGCUGGGAGGAGCCCAGAAGGCUGCUGGUAUUGCAGUUCAGUGCUUAUCCGCAGAAGCUAAAUACAGGCCAAACAUGGAUGAAGUGGUAUCAGCAUUAGAACAGCUUCAGGAUGCCAAAGACGCUGGCAAAAAUCCUCAGACCGAACGGAAAUUGAGCAGCCAAAGCAGCAAUGCGCAGAGGCACCACCGAAGAAGCUCGGAAGAAGCCGGUAAUAGAAAGGGUGCUUAUCCCAGGCCCUCAGCUUCCCCUCUUUAUGCUUAGUGGCCCAAGCUGAGGGAAACUGCAACUUUAUUUUCAGAGAAGGGUUAGGGGAGGAGGGGGAGUACAGGGGCUUGAUCUUGUACCUAAGAUGCUGUCUGGAUCGCCUUCUGUUGCUGUAUAGCUUUCUUUCUUUCUUUUUUUGACUGUAUGGAUUAUCGCCUUUCCAAAAAUCAUGGAUGAGUGCUUCUUAAAUCACAAUUUGAGGAUUCAUGAUUGGUUUGUU